UUCCAACAUGAAUUCAGGUACAGGUGUGGAGUUCCAGACCCCUGCUGCUCUGACAGAGAAGCAUUUCUGUCUAAGUUCACAGAACAGGCUCCUCUAGAGGAGGCUCUGGUCCUGACUCCUGCGGCUCCUGGUUGUGAAAAAUCUGGCUGGAGGCUCGUUUUGGUGGGAAAAACUGGAGUGGGGAAGAGCGCUGUUGGGAACACCAUCCUUGGACGAGAAGCGUUUGUGUCGGAGCCUUCUUUCUCCUCCGUAACAUCUGAAUGUCAUAAAGAUGAAGAAACCAUUGGUGGUCGACAAAUUGCUGUAAUCGAUACUCCUGGGCUUUUCGACACAAAUUUUUCUGAGGAAAAAAUUGUGGAGCGAAUCAAAAUGUGCAUUUCCCUGUCUGCGCCUGGUCCACAUGCAUUUGUGAUUUGUGUACAGCUUGGAAGGUUCACCAAAGAAGAGAAAGAUACUGUUCAACUGAUACAACAAAUGUUCGGAAAAGAGGCAGCAAACUACACAGUGGUUUUGUUCACGCAUGGAGAUAAGCUUGGGAAUUAUAGUAUUGAGUCUUUCAUAGAAGCAAAUAAAGAUUUAUCAGAGCUCAUCCAGAGGUGCCACAACCACUACCAUGUCUUCAACAAUCAAAUCAAAGAUGACAAACAGACAGAUCAACUUCUGGAUAAAAUUGAGAAGAUGAUACAAAAGAAUGGAAGAGGGUAUUACACCAAUGAGAUGUUUAAGAGAGCGGAGGAGGCAACUCAGAAGGAGAAGGAAAAAAAGUUGAUAAAAUGAUAAAGACACAUCGCUGAGGUUCAGAGGAAAGCUGAGAUAUUCACUGUAAACAGCGUUGUGCUCAAGCCUUUACAGUGCUCGGUCCAACUGGGGCGGCAGUGGGAUUUGUGCUUAGUAAGAAGAAGUGAGUGAUACAGUGAAAUGACACUGAUAACUGAGAAUUCAAAGAGCUCAAUAAGAGAAAAUGCAAGUUUAUCUAUUCAUGUCCUCACACCUUAGACCAGCUUUUGGUCACUUUUGGUUUUUAAAUCAACUCACCUCUUCAUUUUAGCUUUUCACUAUGAUUAAUGUUGACGUUUUAGUGUCUGGUGGCUGUUUAUGUAUCUAAGUUUUUUGUAAUGUCUAUUUUAUGACCUAUUAUAA